GAGCGCCGGGACGCGCCGGGACACGGGAACACCGGGACGCGGGGAUGCGCCGGGACGCGCCGGGACACGGGCGUACGAGUACCGCUGCUGGGCUGCGCGGGAGCCGCGUGGCGCCGGGGCUGCGCGGGAGCCCUCGCGGAUCCCCUCGGGCGGCCCGGCUGCACGGCGGCGGCUGAGGGGCUGCGCAGGGGAGCCCCGGGAGCGGGUGUGGGACCCGGGGGAGGGGGAUGGAGCUCCUGGGCGUGGGAGCGGUGCCGGGAUCAGACGUGUGUGUGCGGCCCUAGGGUGGUCCCGGGGGAGCGGGGGGUUCUGCCUUGGGGCUGGGGGGUGCGGCGUGCGCGGGAUCCCCGGGCCGCCUCUGUCCCGGCCGCAGCGGGCGGCAGCCGCGGGGAGAGCUUCCCCCGCCUGCCCGGGCAUCCCGUCCCGCUGCCCGCGCUGCCGCCCCGCCGUGCGAGGGUUCUGCCCGGUGCUGUCGCGGCUGUGUCCGGCUUUGGUGGUGUUGGGAGGCUGCCGCAUCCCGCCGCCUCCAUUGGCUCCGCUCCCCGGUCCCUCGCCCGCCCCAUCCGGGAGCGGGGCGCGCUCAAUCCCUGGCGGGCUCUUCCCCGAAGCCUGCCAGACCGAGCGCAGGCCUGCGCUGUGGCCGCUGCUUGUGCUUCCAGCGCCCGCAGAUCCCACACAUAGUCGCCCUGCGUGUGGAUGUGGAGUACGAGUGACUGAAAUGCUUCUGGGAUCCUCAUCCUGUGUUUGGUGUCAGUCUGGCAGUACCCUCAGAGCCUCUGGGUUUUGCUGUGUCUGCAGAAAGCACCUUCAGGAGAUCCCAUCCUCUAGCACUAAUGUUUCUACCAGCUUGGAAUGGGACCCCGGGAAGACCUCGGAGCUUCUCUCGGGUAUGGGCGUGUCGGCCCUUAAGAAAGACAAGCUGGGCAAUGAAAACACACCACAGGACCUGCUGGUGUCAUCGCCCUGUCUUCCUCCAAAAAGGCAGAAGGUGAAGGACAACGAAAAGGACUUUGUUAUCGUGCGCCGGCCAUGGCUGCUCCGAGAGGCAGAGUCAGGUAUUUCUUUGGAUGCACUUCCAGAUGAAUUGCUUCUGGCAAUCUUUGCCUAUUUGCCCCUAAAGGAUUUACUGAAAGUUUCUAUGAUUUGCAAGAGAUGGCAUCGACUUUCAUUUGAUGAAUCUCUCUGGCAGACUCUUGAUCUGACUGGUGGGAAUCUGCUGCCAGGAGUGCUUGGACAGUUGUUGCCUGCAGGCGUUACUGUGUUCCGCUGCCCGAGAUCUUGCAUUGGGGAUCCAUUGUUUAAAACAAGCAAUCUUCUUAAAAUUCAGCACCUGGAUUUGUCAAACUGCACAGUGUCUGCUGCAGAUCUCCACAGUAUUAUUUGUCUGUGUGAAAAGCUGCAGAACCUCAGCUUGGAAGGUCUAGUGCUUUCUGACAACAUCAUCAAGAGCAUUGCUAGAAAUCCCAAUUUGGUACGACUGAAUCUCUGUGGGUGCUCAGGGUUUUCUGCAGAAGCCUUGGAGCUGAUGUUGAGCAGCUGUUCUAUGCUGGAGGAGCUGAACUUGUCCUGGUGUGAAUUCACAGCCACUCAUGUCAAAGCAGCAGUCAAUCACAUUACUUCAAAGAUCACCCAGUUAAAUUUAAGUGGCUACAGAGAGAAUCUACAAAUAGCAGAUGUGAAAACGCUGGUGGAGAGAUGUCCUUUGCUUGUCCAUUUAGAUCUCAGUGACAGCAUGAUGUUAAAGCCUGAGUGCUUCCAGUAUUUUAAACAACUUGUGUUCCUACAACACCUGUGCCUUAGCCGAUGUUACCAGAUAUCACCUGCUGCCUUAGUAGAGCUUGGUGAAAUUCGAACACUGAAGACUCUUCAGGUAUUUGGAAUAGUGACUGAUAGCUCCCUGCAGCUCCUCGAGGAAGCAUUACCUGACAUGAAGAUCAAUGGUUCACACUUUACCAGCAUUGCAAGGCCAACUGUUGGCAACAAAAAGAGCCAUGAGAUUUGGGGCAUCAAAUGCAGAUUGACACUGAGAAAUCCUAGUUUCUUUUGAUCAUGUACAAUGCACUUGAUGCCAUGGACACACUGUGCGUUGAAGCUCCUUAGGAAAAAAAGUACUGGAGCACCUUUUAUCAUAGUACUGUUACUGUCUAACUCGAUUUUACACCCUAAUGUUGUUUCAUAAUAUUUUAUAUCAGUUUUUUGUACUUAAAGCCUUUAAAAAUUUGAUGAUCUGUGAGCAAUUACAGAAUAUUUCUUUCAGUCUUUCUUUUUUACAGGGGAUCUUUGAAAAAAAUAUGAAACAAAUCACCAUUAAGUGAUUUGAUAAGUACAAAUCAGUUACUUACAUUCAUAAGUAACGUCAGCCUCUAGCAACUGUCUGCAGCUUCUGGAACAGCUUGCAGAGGUGCCAGAUAUCUUUGUAAGGUUUAUUAAGGAGUUUGCGGAAUUCAAAAUGAAUACUUGUGUAUUAAAUCUAUUCAACUACGCAGCUGAAGAAGAGGUACCGCAGGAUGAAUGAAUCAAGCUUGGAAACAGUAAAUUGGGGAUAUUUACACAGAAGCAGCUAAGAGCUUAAUACCUUACAAGUUAAGCAGCAUAAAGGAGCUAUAGUGAAAUUUUUAUUUAGGCAGCCACAAAGGAAACUUUUGUCUUUAGUAGCCUUCAUUUUUAGCCAAAUACAGUCUGAGAAGCCUGUUCAGAAUUAGCAUCUGUAAAAAUGGUUAUCCAUUAUGUCAUGUUGUGAUCCUGGGUUUUCUGAUUAUGUAUUACAGAAACUUAAUGUAGCUUCUGUGAGCCUGAUCAUGGAUAAAACUUUCUCUAAGAUCUUUCAAGUGCAACUGAUAUAGUGGUAGAAGUUUUGCAGGAGGAGGGCUCAAGGAGUUCUAGAUAUGACCAAAAACCAGAACCUGGGACUACUGUGUAAGAAUGCUAAAAGGGAGAGAUGCUUUGGUGCUAUCAAGAGACAUAAAUUUCUUUUUUUAUAUUAGUUUGUUUGUAGUAGCACUUUGCUUCUUGUAUUUGUAUCACUAACCACUAUUGUCUAGUGUUGAUUUUUAUUUUAAAGUCAUAGGAGAAGCUGAUUAACUGUCCAAAAAGAAAAAAAAAAACAACCAAAUAAAGGAUAGGGACAGGUAAUGAUUUUAAAUGAACCUUUCAUUUGCAUCUGUUAUCAGGGUCCUUCCUCAUGCAUAAGCCUAGAAUGUUCCAGCAGGUGUUUUAGCUGAUAAUUCCUAGGGCAAAACUUGGACCCUCUGUAGGACAUAAACAUGCUGCUGUUUUUCCCAUGAAUGCAGUAAGAAAGCAGCUGAAUUUAUUCAUGGAUGUUUUUAAAAGAGUAGCCAACAUGUUACUCUAGGCCUUUGCAUAGAUACAGCUUUUCCCAUUGCAGUCUUUAGAAAAAGCAUUCAGGAAUGAAUACCUGGUAGUGCAGAACAGAUUACUCACUAUGGAAAGAUUGUAUGAUAUUAGAAUUUGAUAUUUAACUUGACUUUCUAGAAUAUAGUAAAUAAAGCAUUAUCUUUUUAACCUAAGUUGGUUUGGGUUUUAUUAAAUUUAACAGUGUAAAUAACAGGUAUUAAUAAUGGGCUUGUAUCCCUUAUGAAGGAGUAAAUGCGCAACAGACCUUGUGGAAGUUGGGAUGAGUGAUAGGAACUUGGAGGAUACAGAAUAUUCUACUGCCACAUUGCUGCCUUAGAAUUAUACCUUAAAUUACUUCAAGAAGAAAAAUUAAAUCUUUGCAGCACAGCAUUACUGUAAAUUACUGUAAAGUAGUAGGCCUUUAACUAGAAGGAAAAAUUUUACAUGCCAGGUUCAGUGUUGGAAGGGGAUCAGCAUCACUGUUGCCUAUCUAUUUAAUAGUUAUGAUGACAUCUUUAGUAGACAUGAAAGCCCUUUGGAUAAGGUGCUCACUGACCCUUUCCUAAGGGAAAUAAUAAGUAGCGCUAAGCACUCCAUAACAAAACCUGCUACAUUGAUUAGUCUCUGUACUACACAUAAAUGCAUGAAGGCUCACAAACUAUUAAAACAACCUGAAACAGUAAGUGAAAAGAAACUGAGCACAUUAAACCCUUUUGAAUGUUGAAAUCAGGCACAGGAUAGCUUAAUUUAUCAAUUAACCUUUUAAUUUUUAUUACAUAAUGUAUAAACACCACUUGGAAAAAAAAAAGCAAAGAAUAACAGGUCUAGUUUAGCAGAACACAGUGUAAACUAGCAUUAAAUGAAAAUACCAUGGACUUGACUCAGCAGGUAGAAGGGGUGCAAAAAUCACUGCCAGUCCACACAGAUUAAAUCACUAAGUCCUGUCCUGGAAUAGUGUCUACCAAGUAAGUUGUCUUUACUGCAAUCCUUCGUCAUAAAAGAUCCUUAAAACGGGUCCUACAGUUGUUUAAUAAAAAAAAGGUAGCUGCGUACUAUUAAUAAUAGAUUUCUGAAUCAUCCUACUAAAUUUUAAGCAUUCACCAUUAAUGCUUCAACAGAACUGCAAUUAAAUACAGACAAAACCAGUAGAGGCCACUCAAGAGUAGUUCAGGCUUCCAUUUUGCUAAGUUAGGAAUUUGACUGAAAAUUUACUAAGU